AUGGCUGAGUUUGCUUUGAGUUCAGUUUUCAAAGAGUAUGGGCAAUGGGAAAGGCAGCCGGAACAUUGUUAUGAUGAGCCAAUCUUGAUUUUUGUGGAUGGCCCUGUAACCCCAAUGCAUGUGUUGGAGUCUGAUUCCAUUGUUUUGGUGAAACUGAGGAUGUGUUGGAGUCUGAUUGCAUGUUUCGGUGAAACUGAAUGCAAAGGUUUCGUGGUAAAAAAACAAAAGUUGGUUUUCGGUGAUAGAGAGCUAGCUCAGAGUGCCACUCUUAUCAAGGAGUAUGGUGUCGCUGACAGCAAUGUUCGGUUCUUCACCUCUAUGGUCUUCUUUUCUUUGUUGUGA